UCCAUAAUUAAGAAACAUUGUCCUUUGUGUCCCUUUUUUCCCACAUGGGUCGGCACUCCUGUUGUUUAAAGCAAAAACUAAGGAAAGGUUUAUGGUCUCCUGAAGAAGAUGAGAAGCUUUUCAAUUACAUAACCAGGUUUGGUGUUGGCUGCUGGAGUUCUGUUCCCAAACAUGCUGGGUUGCAAAGGUGUGGAAAGAGUUGCAGAUUGAGAUGGAUAAACUAUUUGAGGCCUGAUUUGAAGAGAGGGAUGUUCUCUCAACAGGAAGAGGAUCUUAUUAUCAGUCUUCAUGAAGUUCUUGGAAAUAGGUGGGCUCAAAUUGCAGCACAGUUACCAGGAAGAACAGAUAAUGAGAUAAAAAACUUCUGGAAUUCAUGUUUGAAGAAAAAGCUAAUGAAACAAGGGAUUGAUCCAACUACACACAAGCCCCUCCUCAUUACUGAAGCUCAUAUAAAGGAAGAGAAGGAAAACACAGAAACACCACUAUCUCAAGGGAUUUUAGCUACAUCGACAACAUUAAACACCUCAAAGGGUUCACCAAUUCUAAUGAAUGAUUCGAAUUACUAUGAUGCUGGGCUAACUGUAACAGAAGCUUCAAGAGAAGUUUUCAUGAGCAAGCCAGCAUUGGAUCCCUUGUCCUACUUUGAAUUCCAAAUGGGCGUUGCUCAUUCUGGUUAUGAUUCAAGUGUGAGUCAUUAUCAACCAAGUCUUGGACAAUUUGAUCAGAACCAGUUGGCAACAGAUUCAAGCUAUGGAUUCUCUUCAAUGCCAACUCUAAAUAGUUAUGAGCAGAGGAACGUGUCGGUGACAGAAUUUUCUGAUAACAAUUCAGCUUCCAAAAUCAGUUCUUUGUUCAUGAAUGAUCAAAUGAAAGAAAGUUCCAGCAAUAGCUCAACCAUGAGUAGUAUUUAUCCAGCAACAACAGGGUGUCAAAUGAGCAGUGUGACGGAAAAUGCAGGGUUCUCAUGGGACGGUGAGAACAAGUUGGAUCCUUUGUUACAGUUUCAAAUCAAUGCCAUAAAAUCUGAAGAGUUCAAGACAAGUUCAAUGGAUUUCACUACCUAUCCGUUAACGUCACUGUCAGAAGAUCUAACAGGAGCAAAUUUUGAUGUAUUCCAGCAUAUAUGA